AUGGCAUCUAAAUCAAGAGAAGAGAGGGAGAGAGUUUUUGGUGCCAACAGUGAAGAUGCCCUCGCAAGUACUGCGAUUUUAGCGACAGCAUUCGAUCUCGAAGGCCAGUGGAAUGAGGCCGAAAACCUGUUUUUACAGGUGAUUGAACAUCAGAGGGUAAAGCUUGAUGAGGACGACCCUGAAUUGUUAAAGAGUAUAGAGAACCUGGCAGAGACUUAUUGGAAACAGGGCCGACAGGAAGAGGCAGAGAAACUCACAGUGAAAGUACUCUCGUUGCGUAAGAGGAGACUCGGCGAAAACCACCCCGACACACUGACGAGUAUUACCAACCUAGCGGCGACGUACUGGAUUAAGGGCCGAUGGAAAGAGGCUGAGAAGCUUCAGGUGCAAGUGAUAAAUACUCGCAAAAUAAAGCUCGGUGAGGACCAUCCUCAUACUCUGGAGGGUAUGGCCAGCCUUGCGUGGACAUAUUGGAACAUGAAUCGGUGGGAAGAGGCCGAGAUGCUCCAGGUGCGGGUGAUGCGAACUCGCAAGAUAAAGCUCGGUGAAGAUCAUCCUCACACUCUGGAAAGUAUGGCCAGCCUUGCGUGGACAUACUGGCACAUGGAUCGGUGGGAGGAGGCCGAGCUGCUCUUUGAGCCAGUGAUGAAGGCUCGCAAGACGAAGCUUGGUGAUAACCAUCCUGACACACUGGAGACCAUGGCCAACCUAGCGUCGACAUAUUCUAGCCAGGGCCAGUUUGAAGAGGCCAAAAAGCUCCAGCAGCAAGUGAUGGAAAGUCGCAGGACAAAGUUAGGUGAUGCCCAUCCCGAUACUCUGACAGCUAUGGCCAGUUUGGCUUCCACAUUGUCGGAACUGGGCCGGUACGAAGAAGCCGACCAGCUUUUUACGCAGAUUGUGCAAAAGCGCGAGAUAUGUCUCGGCGAGAACCACCCCGAUACCUUGACCAGUAUGGCUGGCCUAGGGUCGGAGUAUGGGAAGCAACAUGGUGGCAAGAGGUUGAGGAAGUUUUGGUCAGGGUGGUGGAGACGAGCUACAUAA